AUGCGGGAUUACGACGAAGUGACCGCCUUCCUGGGCAAGUGGGGGCCUUUCCAGCGCCUCAUCUUCUUCCUGCUCAGCGCCAGCAUCAUCCCCAACGGCUUCAACGGUAUGUCAGUCGUGUUUCUGGCAGGGACCCCGGAACAUCGCUGCUGGGUGCCGGACACCGCGAACCUGAGCAGCGCGUGGCGCAACCACAGUAUCCCGAUGCGGCUGCAGGACGGCCGCGAGGUGCCUCAGAGCUGCCGCCGUUACCGACUGGCUACAAUCGUCAACUUCUCGGCGCUCGGGCUGGAGCCGGGGCGCGAUGUGGACCUGGAGCAGCUGGAGCAGGAGGGUUGCCUGGAUGGCUGGGAAUUUAGCCAGGAUAUCUACCUGUCCACCAUCGUCACCGAGUGGAGUCUGGUGUGUGAGGAGGAUUGGAAGACGCCCCUUACCACUUCCCUGUUCUUUGUAGGCGUGCUUCUCGGCUCCUUUGUGUCUGGGCAGCUAUCAGACAGAUUUGGCAGAAAGACCAUCCUCUUCGCAACCAUGGCUGUGCAGACUGGCUUCAGCUUUCUGCAGAUUUUUUCCAUCAACUGGGAGAUGUUCACCGUGUUAUUUGUCAUCGUCGGCAUGGGCCAGAUCUCCAACUACGUGGUAGCCUUCAUUCUAGGAGCAGAAAUUCUUGGCAAGUCAGUUCGUGUUAUUUUCUCUACGUUAGGCGUGUGCACAUUUUUUGCAGUUGGCUACAUGCUGCUGCCACUGUUUGCUUACUUCAUCAGAGACUGGCGGAUGCUGCUGCUGGCGCUGACGGUGCCGGGGCUGCUGUGUGUCCCGCUGUGGUGGUUUAUUCCUGAAUCUCCCCGAUGGCUGUUAUCCCAGAGGAGAUUUAAAGAAGCUGAAGAUAUUAUCCAAAAAGCUGCAAAAAUAAACAACGUAACUGCCCCAGUGGUAGUUUUUGAUCCUGUGGAGCAACAGGAGCAACUCCCACUGAAGCAGCAGAAAGUUUUCAUUUUGGACCUGUUUAGGACUCGGAACAUUGCUACAAUAACCAUUAUGUCUUUGCUGCUGUGGAUGUUAACCUCAGUGGGUUACUUUGCUCUGUCUCUCAACACUCCUAAUUUACAUGGAGAUCCCUACCUGAACUGUUUCUUCUCUGCCUUGAUUGAAGUUCCAGCUUACAUUGCAGCCUGGCUGCUACUUCGAACCCUACCCAGACGUUAUAUCAUAGCUGGAGUACUGUUCUUUGGAGGAAGUGUGCUUCUCUUAAUUCAAUUGGUACCUGCAGGUUACAACUUCUUGUCCAUUGGUCUGGCCAUGUUGGGAAAAUUUGGGAUCACUUCCGCCUUUGCCAUGCUCUAUGUCUUCACUGCAGAGCUCUACCCAACCCUGGUCAGGAACAUGGCAGUGGGGGUCGGCUCCAUGGCCUCCAGGGUGGGCAGCAUCAUUGCUCCCUACUUUGUUUACUUAGGUGCUUACAACAGAGUUCUGCCCUACAUCCUCAUGGGUAGCCUGACUGUCCUGAUCGGAAUCAUCACUCUUUUUUUCCCUGAAAGUUUUGGAAGGACUCUACCAGAGACCCUAGAGCAGAUGCAGAAAGUGAAAGGGUUCAGAUAUGGGAAAAAAACAAAAGGUUCAAUGGAGAAAGAAGAAAAUCCCAAAGUUAUAAUAACUUCAUUCUAA